AAGCAAGUCGGUGAGCCCUUUCGGGGGCACAUUCAUUCAGUUGCGUCGGUCUCGUUCUCGCCGGACGGCACUCGCAUCGUCUCUGGAUCUUGGGAUCACGCUGUUCGGCUGUGGGAUGCAGGGACGAGGCUGCCAUUGCAACAGUGCGCCGAGUCAGAUCAUCCAGCUCUCUCAGUUGAACAUCGCACAAUCGAGGCCACUACUACCAUGAAAUCGAACAUCUCGAACAAUGAAUUCAUUCGCUUCUCGUCCAACCCUGACCAUGCGCUUUGUGACACCUAUGAACUAAUGGAGGGAGCAUCCCAUGACAACCACAGUUCCACCCCUUCGACCCCCUUUCUCCUGGAUGAUGACAGUGGAUGGGUGGUAGGGCCCAACCAUCGGCUCUUAUUUUGGGUACCACCCGCUUCUCGACACUUAUGUUAUAGUCCUGGAACUGUAUUGGUGAUACCCAAAGGAGGUCCUGAGCUUGAUUUGAGCCGCAUGGCACAUGGGCGGCACUGGCAAAAGUGUCGAGAAGGCCUUAGUAAUGACGACGAUUGCAGCAAUGAAUCUGUUAUGGAGAUUUUAGAUACUAUUCAAAUGUGAUACCAAGUGUAUAGUACAUCGUGCGUCGUAUGCUAUUCUACACUCAACAUAUAGUUCAAGUUCA